AUGAGGUUUGCUUCAAUUUUUCUCUUGAUUUCAAUGUUCAUCUCGGCUCGAGGAGCACCUGCUCCACAGCUUGGACUUGGGAACUCGAUGCAGCCAGAGGUUCAUGCGACUGGUCUUAUUCCAAUGAUUACUGGAACAAAUGUUCCUGACUCAGAGGAAGAAAUCGAUGCACCAAUCUAUGAUGAACGUGAAUUGGAAAGAGUUCGUGGCCUCGUCAAGCAAACGGCUGAAAAUGGAAGAGACCCAGAGAAAGCACUCGGAGGAUACAUAAAAGAUCAUCCGGGAUUCAUGUCGACAGUUGAGACUCUUCGGAUUUCUGAGUUAGGAGAGACCAGAACACUUCCACCGGCAUUAUCCACGUCUCCUGGACCAAUCUUCACUCUUGCCAAUAGAGUCCCGACGAUUACAACAAAUAGGCAAUCUAAAGAAGCGUCAACUACCACUGGAAUCACCACUGUUCAAGCUUCGACUAUUACAGCAACCACUGCUUCGACCGCCACUACCACCACUUCGGAUCGUUUGGUUUCUUCAUCAUCUAACACCCCCACCACUACUACUGCAGCUGUUAAGGCCCAUUGA